GUUCAGGGAUAUAUAAACCAGACUUAAAAAAUAAAUGGGGCAUGGAAAAUUCUAUUAUGCAUGCAGAUGCAUAGGGUCUGAGAGAGAGAGGCACUAUGAAGCAGUUUACCAUGUCUUCCAUCCUUAUGGUAAUCCUCCUGAGUCCAUCUCUAGCCCUGAUGAACAUCAGUGACAACCAUCCUCUGGAUGGAUCUGUUGGGACCCAGAUCAUUCACGUCAAUGCCUUCCGAGGUAUGGUCAGCAUCCGAGACAACAAUGUCUUGAGUGAAUGGGAUGGAUCCUUGAACUACAAGAAUGCACUUCUGGCAGCUAAACUGUUUAGCAAGAUGGCCUGUGUCCUGGUCAAGAUGGAUCCAACUCUCUUCCCAACUUUGGAUGACAUUAGGAAGGCCCUGGGCCAGCAGGAUUUAAAGCAGUAUCCUUCAACUCAUGGCCUGACCUACACUGUUUUACCCAGCCGGGUCAAGAACUUGGUCCAGUAUGGAGUAACUAUCAAGGAUAUGUGCCGAGAUGUGCCCACCUACUUUGCUCAUCAGCAGAAAAAAGGUACUGCAUUGGCAAUUGACCCCGAUUCUUGUUUUGAACUCCAGCUUCUGUCCUUUAUGGGGCUCUCCAUCUGUGGUGAGAUCCCUGGGCUCUGAACCUCCAACAUGGCCUCCAGGAGAGCAGACCCAUAUGGAAAGGGCCGCUGGCCUGAACCCAGUGUGGAGAGUCUGGUACCCACUCUACCACUGUGAACACCUUCAUUCCAGCCCUCCACCUUUAGGCCUUUGACCCAAGAUCUAGCUUUGAAAUCUGGGAACUUGGGUACCUUUCCUUUCUCUAGGGUAGAACAAUAAAAUCUCCUACCACACUGUC